AUGAAUCUCAGUUCGGACCCGGUGCCCUACAUUCCGAACAUCGUUGCGGAGACGCUCGCCAUCCCUGAAGCCGCACAGAAAGACGGGGACAUCAAGGCCGUUGUUCUGACUCCUUCAUCCAUGGCUGGCGUCCCGUGGGGGGUGACAGGACGAAUAAGCGAAGACGCAUACAACCAAGAGUACAUCGACCUUGCCUGGAACAAGGAGUCAUUGCACCCACUAAAGACGACGGCCGUCUACGCCGCUGCGAAAGCCCAGGCCGAACAGGCUGCCUGGAGGUACGCCGCGGAAAAUAAGCCCCCCAAGGCUCUGUGCGAUGGAGAUCUUAAGCUGAUUGGCAACAUACCCGCGCACAACUUCAUCGACGUGAGUGACGAUGCUAAGCUUCGCCUUGCGGGACUGACCGAUCCCUCGACCGAGAAUGAGCGGCUAAUCUUUUCCGAAAAGGGUUUUAUCGAUGGCCUGGAAGGGAUCGCGACAGACUCGAGUGUGCCGCCGACUGAAAGCGCUCUGAACGCGCUCAAGAACGUGUAUGGAAUCACCGAAUGGACAUCCCUGGAGACGAGUCUCAAGGAUUCUCGUUUUGAAAGGACCUUGGUGAAAUAG